GCUGCCCGGGUCGUGCGUCCCGGCUGCCCUAAGCCGCUUCACCGAGGAGAGCCUGGCGCACCCCGCCAGGCCCGCCGACAUCUGCUGCGUGUCCGGUUCCGCUCUCCGCGCCCCCGCUGCAGUCGGCGCUGCCUCGAUGUUCCAGUUGCCCAUCUUGAAUUUCAGUCCCCAGCAAGUGGCCGGGGUAUGCGAGACUCUGGAGGAGAGCGGCGACGUAGAGCGCCUGGGUCGCUUCCUCUGGUCGCUGCCCGUGGCCCCUGCGGCCUGUGAGGCCCUCAACAAGAAUGAAUCGGUGCUGCGCGCGCGAGCCAUCGUGGCCUUUCACGGCGGCAACUACCGCGAGCUCUAUCAUAUCCUGGAAAACCACAAGUUCACCAAGGAGUCGCACGCCAAGCUGCAGGCGCUGUGGCUCGAAGCGCAUUACCAGGAGGCUGAGAAGCUGCGUGGACGGCCCCUGGGGCCGGUGGACAAGUACCGCGUGAGGAAGAAGUUCCCGCUGCCGCGCACCAUUUGGGACGGCGAACAGAAGACACACUGCUUCAAGGAGCGCACGAGGCAUCUGCUACGGGAAUGGUAUCUGCAGGACCCAUACCCUAACCCCAGCAAAAAGCGUGAGCUCGCCCAGGCAACCGGACUGACCCCUACGCAGGUGGGCAACUGGUUCAAAAACCGCCGACAAAGGGACCGGGCGGCUGCAGCCAAGAACAGACUCCAGCAGCAGGUCAUGUCGCAGGGCUCCGGGCGGGCUCUAAGGGCUGAGGAAGAGGGCACGCCCGAGGUGCUGGGCGCCGCAGCCAGCCCGGCCGCCAGCCUCUCCAGCAAGGCCGCCACUUCGGCCAUCUCCAUCACGUCCAGCGACAGCGAGUGCGACAUCUGAGCUGCCCAUCCAGCACACUCGGAAACAGAAUCCACUAUUAAAACAACACAAAAUGAAAUAGUAAGGGAGGAUGAGAGACCACGCAAACCCAGCGCUUCCGAAACCAGGUGGCCAGGGACCCGCGGGGCUCGGGUUGCGCGUUUCCGCCCGGCCUGGCUCCACUGGCGCCCUCCGGCCGCUAUUAAAGGGGCCCGCGGUGAGGCUCAACCCAGCGCCACGUUCUCCUUGCUUUGCUUUUUCCCAAGAAUUUUACUGCAGAGAUGCCUCCGGAACCCAAACUGCACCGCUGAGCGCCUGUCCUGAAUCUCCCGUGGGUAUUUCACGUCGAAAGGACGCUGUUAUAUAUGUAUAACUUUUGCUUUGAAGUUUUAAAAAAACAAAACAAAACAUAUAUAUGCUGUUUAUUUACUUAUUUAAGAGACUACCGUGGUAGGUUUCUCUGUAUCUUGGGAACUUGCUGUUUCUAAAGGCGCAGGGUUUCGAACAGAUGGGUUCUGUGUGAAGAAGCCAAACAAUAAAAACCUGGUGAUCAACCUUUCUUAA